AUGGCAGAUGAGCUGAAAACAUCGCAGUCGUUUCAAGAGUAUAUUAAGUUUGGAAAAUUUUUUGCUUCACGAUUAGUACAGGCAGUGGUUCAAGCAAGAUUAGGUCGCGAACAAUUUGUAUCUUUACCAUGCAGACAGUCUACGGAUCCUGCUGAUUGGUUUAACAUUCGUAUCGAUGAAUUGGGUGAGGUAGCUGCGCAGUUGCGGUCAAAUAUAACACGAUAUCCACCACUUGGGCCCACAUUAGCUUUGGAUUUUUUGUUGCAAACAAAGGAAGGCGGUGUUCUACCGCUGGAAACUUGGUGCAUCGGUUAUGAGCCUUCAGAAAUUGGUGCUGGUCGUUAUAUGCGCACUGAGUUAUAUCAACAGUUGAGUGUUGUGUUGAAAUCUGUCAUUGCAGCUGCCCGUAUAACUCCUUCAUAUAGAUAUUUUGUUCGGAAACAGGGCUCCGAAUCAUAUGUUAUUUUGUAUAGAGUGAGUUUCGAAACCCCAAUAAAACUGGAUUACGGUGAAGAUCAAAAAAAAGUGCGUAUAGCUACAAUUGCUUCCCCAUUCGGUAGUCUUUCCGUUGAUCUGACUUUUCGAACUAAUAUGGUCAUUGACAGGUAUCCUUAUGCCGACAUUUGUGCAUUCAAAGACAAAGUGACAAGUAUACUGUUUAUUUUCUGCGAUCAUCGUCGUUUUUUAGUAGUCAUUGAAUAUAGGCCAUCUGAUGGGCAGACGGAUCUUGAAAGUAAGAGGGCUUCAACAAGUUGUCUUCCUGUUAUCGACCCGGACGAUCUAGAUCUUCCUACUCGAAUACCCUUUGGCCCUGUUCCCACUUCUGGAAAUUAUAUUGCAGCGAGUCCAGAUUCUGGUGCAUUUACUUGCUUUAGUACGAGCCCCCUAAGCCAGGCAAGCAGCUCAUCUGUAGUAACGUCUUGA